AUGAUGGAGAGCGAACAACCGAUAGACUUGGAAUGGCUUGCUGACUUAUCCAAAGGUCAAUCAUUUACAACCUUUGGACAAUCCCAAUCUGCAAAGACUUUCGAUUUCGGAGACGAUGGCUUUACUGCUUCUCUGUCAGAAGGGAAUGAGCUGCUCCAACUCACUCGGCCAGACCCUACUUGUGGUCUCAUUUUCGUCAGAGGAAACUAUCCUGACAGCGCAGCCUCCAUGCUAGCCCGAGCUCAAAACCAGCAGCUGCAUGAGGCUCAGAGCAACGACACCUUUGGAACCAAUCUGGUUCCAGAGAGUCCCGAGACGCCAUCUUCGCCCUGGGCCGUGAGUGCCGCAGACCGAAAAAGUCAGGGAUGGGUCAACUUUCGUUGGCCUUACGCCCAAUAUGUGCUUUUCCAUUUGGAUGCUACCAAGGGUUUCAAUCGUGAGAUUGGAAACUGGGACACCAUAUCAUUUGUUAAAAACAAAAUCUUCUUUCAGAUUCACCGUCUGAGUUUGGGGGUUGGCAGUUCAGCCACCAGUGAUGACCACCAAGACGACGUGGCACGCGCGAGGUUCAAAAGAGGAGGACCAGUUCGAUUCGGGUGCCCAUGUUCUCAGAAUGAUAUUCAUCGACAAGUUGACACAUAUACCAUCACGAACAAUGCCAACAUUGUGUCCUGCAGAAGCAGCAACUAUCGCACAAGAAUCGAAAUGACAUUUUCGGUCAAUGGCAUACUCCAACCUCCCACCUUCCUCAACCCCUGCGACACAGCUGCCGACGUUGAAUGGGUUGACAUGACGAGUGAGGUCGAAGUUGACGUUCGAGUCGGAGAGCCCACAUAUGUUGUGUCAACCUACGCCAUACGUACUGAGGAUGGGGUUGAGCACGACCCUUCGCUUCCGGCCGACCUCGCAGACUAUCUGGGCGUCAGCCGUGGGUCGGUCAACAUGACCGACAGACUCUUCACAAGCCUAUGCGCAGCGAACUACGAAGCGAUUGAAGCGGUGGAAUUUUGCGUCAUCGGCAGGGGCGUGGAACAGAUACUGGGUGUCACAUCAAUUCCGACCUCGAGUUCGCGUCCCACGAGCCCAAGUUUCUCACAUGAACUAGGAGAAAAAGCUCUGAUAGGGAAUAUCAUGACAUGUCAGUUUGUCGACGUGGAAAGCGCCUUUUAUCAAAUACGGCUUCUCGCCAAACUGCAUAGAUUCAUUGACUCUAGAGACUUGAAAAGGGAUUUCUUGAACCAGUAUCUGGAGCUGGAAAAGAUCCGGCAGGCCUACCUUGACAAGCUCACAGCUGCCAUUCAGGGUGCACUUGCUUGGUUGUUCGCCACAGAUCUCAAGCCAGGGAGACUCCUUCUCGCAGUCCACAGUGAGCCCUCCAAUAUUUCUGACGGCCCAGUUUUUGAACGGUUCAAAAGGUGCGCUGGGAAACGAUCCGCCUUCAGCUGGGACACGACAUACAACCGUGGCUGCUAUGCCACCAUGGCCGCCUGGUACGCCUACAGGGCAUGUCCUUCUGCAUUUCAUACAAGGUUCAUCAGUGAGAUCAUCGUCCCCAGGUUACCUGUAGCAUACCACCUCGGCAUGGAGCGGGCAAACCGCGAUAAGCAACCGACUCCCAAAAGCAAUGUGCUGCAAUGGCUACAUCUCAGCUCUAUCUUGCUGCUCUAUGACGAGCUGGGUUGUGCGGAAUACGAUCUCGACAUUGAUGUUGACGAGGUAAGAGAGACCCAAGAAAGAGCUGAAAAAAAUGUCUCGCGUCUCAAAACCAACCAGCACGGUGGAUGGAAAGCACAUCAUGACGAGCUUGACAGGGCUCUCCUCCUGGCCGAGGAGAUGCAGCUGGACCGAUUGAGGCACAGCAGCCGGUCCUACAAUUUAGCGGUUUCUCGAGCCAAACAAACCAGGCAAAGGAUCCGCGACCGCAAACGGACGGCAAAAUUCUUGCCCGGACCAAAGCCGUGGAUGGCUAUAAGAGGACUUGGCAACGGGCCAUGGGAGCUACACAGCACCAACCACGAAGCAUACCUGAGAGUCGCCGAUAUCACCAACGUCCCAUCUGCCCGAGACAGGCUGUUUGAAUUUCUGUUGUCGGAUUACUCCUUCAUGACCUCUUGGGACUGGGCAGAUGGCAACAUGGUAGGCCGAUGGUGGGACAUCCAGCCUAUCGCGAUGAUAUGCGCCACCUUGCUGGAUUUGAAAUAUGAAGGUAUCUCCAACUCUGAGAAGCCAUUUUCCAACGGGUUAGCUGAUCUGUUGACACUUUGCUAG